AUGCUGGCUCGCCUCGCUUCCAAUCGUCUACACGAGAUCCGUCGGAUUUUCAGUCAGCCUGCCCGAUCCUUCUCCACUGCCCUCAACUACCAUCUUGAUUCUCCGGAUAACAAUCCAGACUUACCAUGGGAGUUCAACGAAGCUAACAAACAGAAGGCGAAAGAGAUACUGUCUCAUUAUCCAUCCAACUACAAGCAAUCUGCAGUGAUUCCUCUGUUGGAUCUUGCACAGCAGCAGCAUGGAGGAUGGCUCCCUGUUUCAGCAAUGAAUGCAGUAGCAAAGGUUAUCGAAGUUGCUCCUAUACGUGUAUAUGAAGUUGCAACAUUUUAUUCAAUGUUCAAUCGGACGAAGGUGGGCAAGUACCACCUUUUGGUUUGUGGCACAACACCAUGUAUGAUUCGUGGUUCACGAGACAUUGAAGCAGCUUUACUGAAUCACUUAGGAGUGAAGCGCAAUGAAGUAACCAAGGAUGGAUUAUUCUCAGUUGGAGAAAUGGAAUGCAUGGGAAGCUGUGUGAAUGCUCCCAUGAUUACGGUCGCCGAUUACUCCAAUGGAUCGGAGGGAUAUACAUACAAUUACUACGAAGAUGUUACUCCAGAGCUAGUUGUGGAAAUAGUUGAGAAGUUAAGAAAGGGCGAGAAGCCACCGCAUGGCACUCAAAACCCUAAGCGCAUUAAGUGUGGACCAGAAGGAGGAAAUACUACGUUGCUCGGUGAGCCCAAACCUCCUCCGUGCCGGGAUCUUGAUGCAUGCUAA